CAUAGAUGAAACCUGCCUCGACACCAAACAUGUUGAUAUUAAAUGCAUUAGUGGUGGUACCAUUUCAGAUGCCCAGAAAGCCCUCAUGAAUAAUGAAUCCUAUGAUAAAGUUAUAUUGCAAAUUGGAAGCAAUGACUGUGCCAAAGGUGACCCAGCUAAAAACAUCGUGGACGAUUACAAACUUCUUCUGUCUGGAGCGAAGGCCAUUUCUAAAGAUGUUUCCAUCUCAAGUAUCUGCCCCCGUACAGACAAUAAAGAAGCCCAUGAAAAGGCCCAGGCAGUAAACGCUGAACUACAAGUUCUGUGUGAACAUACUGACAAUACAUCAUUCAUUAACAAUGACAAUACGUUCAUUCUGCAAGACGGUACUAUCAACGAUGGCUUCCUGAAUAGGGAUGGUCUCCAUCUCAACCCAGCUGGCACUAACCGUCUGGUGCAUAAUAUGGGACUUACAAAAUCGCUUAAGAGUGUCACAAAGCCCUUCAAUCAGUAUAAGAAAUCUAAAAUCCCAAAUCCCAUUCCCAGACCUAAUGGCAAUUCCAAUUCCAACAGCAGUAAGCCAACAUCAUAUGCCAAUGCAGUAAAGUCCCCUCGACCAAACCUUAAGCCAGUUUGCUUCAAAUGCGGGGAAGCUUCUCAUUUAGCCAGUACAUGCUGGCAUCCCAGCCCUGUCAGGUGUUAUUUUUGUAAAAAUUUGGGCCACAAGACAGCAAAGUGCCCCAACAAAGACCAUCAACCUAUUGAAACAUCCAAUAGUUAUUAGGUCCUUGGUGAGGUCAGCGCCUUAUCCCUGAAUACAAUUCUAAAUGACAUCAUCCCCAAUACCCCCCAGCCAGGUAGAACUAAGCCUAAACACCGUAGAUCUAGAAAACAUAAGGUUAAACCAGCCAAAACCUUCAGAAUAAUGUAUAACAAUGUCCAAAGAUUAGGAAUAUCGAAACAAAAUCUACUUAAAGAUCUAUUAGAAAUUGAAACAUAUGAUGUAUGUGCUAUAACUGAAUCAGGCUUUAAUGAUACCAACC